AUGCACUCGAGUGAGGCCUCCCCCGAGAUGCGACACAUCCGGGUCCUGGAGAAUCGCCUCGACAAGACGAUGAUCAAGUACAACGAGGCGCAGAGCAUCCGCAAGACCUACGAGGCCAUUGUUCGAAGGCUCAAGGAAGAGCGCAUGGGUUUCGAUAACCAGCUGGCCGGCAUCGAGCGGACCUUAAAGGCCAAGGAGAGGGACUACGAGGAGCUGCUCCUCUUGUCCCACGAUGCCUACCAUGCCAAGGAGAUGGCACAGGCAGAGCUCCACCGAUUCGAGCAGGGGGUCAUGGAGGAGAGGAACCAGCGCGACAAAGAGGUCCAAGAGAAGAAGGCCUUGGUGGAACAGCGGGUGGAGAUGAACAAGCGCCUGGAGAUGCGCGAGCGCAUGCAGAGGCAGCAGCAGCAGGAGAUUGAAAGCAAUCAGAAGAGAGAGGCCCGCGACCUCCCUGCGGUGGACCAGGGAGGCUCCCCCGGAGAUGUUGCAGAGGAGGAGCAGAAGAUCCAGCUCUUCAUCCAUGCUUUCAAUCAGAUCAAGGAGGCCACUGGCGUGAAUGAUCCCAACGAGAUCAUCCAGAA